AUGAUUCUUUCUGCACUAUUAACAUCAGUGGGGAUAAAUGCCACCCUUUGUUUUGUUUUCUUCAUACUAUACUCUGUACUGAGAAAUCGGUCGAGCAAUGCCAACCUCUAUGUGCCGCGUUUGGUAGCGGAAGGGAAAUUCCGGGAGGAAGACGAAUUCGGUGUCGGAAGUUUAUUGUCCUCUUUCAAAUGGGUGAAAAGAGCAUGGCAGCCUUCUGAAGAUGAGCUUUUGUCUAAUUCUGGAUUGGAUGCUGUGGUAUUCAUGCGCAUUUUCAUUUUCGGGCUCAGAGUAUUUCGAUUUGCUGGGAUUAUCGGAAUAUUCGUUCUUCUUCCUUUCAAUUAUAUGGGGAAUCAGCUGAACAUCGACUUUACUGACCUACCAAACAAAUCGUUGGAAACAUUCAGUAUUUCAAAUGUUGACGAUGGGUCAAACAGGUUAUGGAUACACUUCUCAGCUGUUUAUAUUUUCACGGCUGUUGUCUGCUAUCUUCUUUAUUUUGAAUAUGACUAUAUUGCAUCAAGGAGAAUUGCUUACUUCUAUUCUUCCAAACCUCGGCCUAGCCAGUUCACUGUUUUAGUUCGAAGUAUUCCAGUCUCUUCUGGACAGAAGUUCAGUGAAAGUGUUGAGAGCUUCUUCAGUAAAUACUAUCCUUCUACCUAUCUAUCCCAUUCUGUGGUCCGCCGGACAAGCAAACUUAAAGGGCUCAUUAAUAAGGCGGACAAGGUUUACAAAAGACUUGCUCAUGUGAAAACGAAAAGACAUCCUCAAGAAAGAUUUAAGCGAGCUGGCUUUCUGGGUCUUUUUGGAAGAAGAGUUGAUCUUCAAGAUCACUACGAAAAGAAGCUAGAAGAUAUGGAAGGUAAUUUGAGGACGGAACGGUCUUCUAUAGCUGGAAAGGAAGUUCCAGCUGCAUUUGUCUCUUUCAAGUCUCGGUUUACAGCUUCAGUAGUUUCGCACCUUCAACAGGGGAUUAAACCCACAGAAUGGCUUGCCGAGCAAGCUCCUGAUCCGCAGGAUGUAUAUUGGCCCUUCUUUUCCGCUUCUUUUCUCAAAAGAUGGAUGUGCAACAUUUUCGUUAUUUUCGCAUGUAUUUUCAUAACAGUUUUAUUCCUUGGUCCUGUUCUCCUAGUGCAAGGUCUUACUCAUUUGGAUCAGUUAGAGAUUUGGCUACCCUUUUUAAAAGCCGUAUUCGAAGUGAAAAUCGUGGGCCAAGUAAUUACAGGAUAUCUUCCAAGUUUGAUUCUUGAGAUGUUUUUAUCUGCAAUACCACCGACCAUGAUCGUGCUUUCCUCUAUACAAGGGUACAUUGCUCUCAGCCAGAUAGAGAAAAGUGCAUGCAUUAAAAUGUUGUGGUUCACUAUAUGGAACAUCUUCUUUGCAAAUGUCCUAUCAGGAUCAGCACUAUACAGAAUCAAUAUCUUUCUUGAGCCCAAAAGAAUUCCUGAAGUAUUAGCUGUAGCUGUUCCUGGACAGGCAUCAUUCUUCAUUGCAUAUGUUGUGACAUCUGGAUGGACCAAAACAUUUUCCUCGAAGCUUUUCCGCGUGAAACGCUUCAUUUGGGGUUCGAUUAAACGAAAAUUGUGUUGGAAAUCUGAUGAGGAAGUUGAAGUUGAAGUACCUUCAAACCCUUAUCAUAGUGAAAUUCCGAGGAUUCUAUUUUUCGGCCUUCUUGGCAUAACUUACUUCUUCCUUGCACCCAUGAUUUUGCCGUUUGUCUUGGUUUACUAUUGCUUUGGGUACAUCAUCUACCGAAAUCAGCUCUUGAAUGUUUAUGAGCCCAAAUUCGAAACCGGUGGGAAAUUCUGGCCUGUGGUUCACGAUGCAACAAUAUUUUCCUUAAUAUUGAUGCAUGUUAUUGCAGUCGGGAUAUUCGGUCUCAAGAAAGUCCCGAUGGCUUCAAGCUUAACAAUUCCUCUCCCGAUUCUCACCCUCAUAUUCAACAGUUACUGCCGUAGAAGAUUUUUACCGAGCUUCAAAGGCUAUCCUGCCGAGUGCUUGAUAAACAAGGAUAGACUUGAUCAAUAUGAACCCACCAUAUCUUCUUUCUAUGACGAGCUUUCCACUGCAUAUCGAGAUCCAGCUAUGAAUCUGGUCAGAUAUUCAGAUUCCGGUGAAAAUAGCAGCUCUCCUCUUCUGCGUGCAGCCGAUAGAUAA